AUGCCGGCGACAGCAGUGGACAUUCCCGAGCGCAAUGAUAAUACGCCAUUGAACAGGUGAGUAACCUGAGACCAUGACGAGAUUGGCAGCAAGUAUCACGGUGGUGGAGAGGACCAUCGGUCCUAUGAGGGACCAUGUCUUCGAAGACGAACGUUCGGACACCCCUAACAAUCGAACAGGACUGUCUCCAACUCAUUCAAUCCGCUCGAAAGCUCGCUAUCGACCAGCCCGAACAUGACCUUCCACCAAGGCUCCGCCCACUCCUACUCCGGCCCUCCCAAGGCUUCUGCCAAACAGCUCAAGCCAUUCAACACCCAGGACGUCAAAGUGCUCCUCCUCGAGAAUGUCAAUCAGACCGGCCAGGCGAUUCUGAAGAAGCAGGGUUACCAAGUGGAGGCACUCAAGAGCUCUUUACCUGAAGACCAGCUCAUUGAGAAGAUCCAAGAUGUACACGUUAUCGGCAUUCGCUCCAAGACACAGAUCACAGCGAACGUUCUGAAGCAUGCAAAGAAUUUGAUCGUUAUUGGCUGCUUCUGCAUUGGUACAAAUCAGGUGGAUCUCACAUAUGCCGCAGAGAUGGGCAUUGCAGUCUUCAACUCGCCUUUCAGCAACUCGCGCUCAGUUGCCGAGCUCAUGAUUGGCGAGAUCAUCGCACUGGCAAGACAGAUCGGAGAUCGCAGUAAUGAGAUGCACCAGGGCAUUUGGAACAAGGUCUCGGCUGGCUGCUGGGAAGUAAGAGGAAAGACACUGGGAAUUGUUGGAUAUGGACACGUUGGUGCGCAGCUCUCGGUUCUUGCCGAAGCAAUGGGCAUGAGGGUCAUAUACUACGAUGUGAUCAACAUGAUGGCAUUGGGAACCGCAAACCAAGUGCCUUCCCUACAAGAGCUGCUACAAGGCGCUGACUUUGUUACGCUUCACGUACCGGAACUCCCGGAGACAAAGAAUUUGAUUGGAGAGAAAGAGUUGGAGCAGAUGCGGAAUGGCGCCUACCUGUUGAACGCCUCAAGAGGAAGUGUGGUGGACAUUCCCGCUUUGAUCAAGUACAUGCAAAACGGCAAGCUCGCGGGAGCAGCGCUUGAUGUGUACCCGAAUGAACCUGGUUCGAAUGGAGAGCACUUCAAUUCGCAAUUGAACACUUGGACGAACGACCUGCGCAGCCUAAAGAACCUCAUCCUCACGCCGCACAUUGGAGGCUCAACCGAAGAGGCACAAUCAGCUAUUGGCGUAGAAGUCGCAGAGGUAUGUUCUACGCGUUUUCGAUCUCUCCCAGCUUACUCACGUCAACCUAGGCCCUCGUAAACUACGUCAACUUCGGCACCACAACUGGUGCAGUCAACAUGCCCGAAGUCACGCUCCGCUCCCUCACCCUCGACGAACCCAACCAUGUCCGCAUCAUCUACAUCCACAAGAACGUCCCCGGUGUGCUUCGCCGCGUCAAUGAAAUCCUCGGCGACCACAACGUCGACAAGCAAAUGACCGACGCACGCGGCGAUGUCGCCUACCUCAUGGCCGAUGUUUCCAACGUAAAUGUCUCGGAGAUUGAGAAUCUCUAUCAGAAUUUGGAAGAUCUUGGCAGUAGGAUUCGAACCAGAGUACUCUACUAG